AUGGCUACAUUCCUCCAGAGCCUUGCACCGUCUCUUCCUUCAGCAAGUCAAGCAGGCGCACGAAUUUUUCAGUACAUUCACAAACUAGAAGAGAUACUUCUUCGACAGAGUCAAGCAAUACCAACAGUGACAGCAGUACCGGCAGUAUCGGUAGCGCCGAUUAUGCAUCAUCAGCCUGAGAUGACAAAUGACCCGCGGGUCAUGGACUUGAUGCCUCAACCGCCGCCACAGCAGCAGCACCCAGGGUUUCUUGAGCAAUAUGCGUUACCGAAUACUUCCUUUUACAAUUUCCAAGCAGAUUUUAUCGGGAACAUGUGGAACAAUGCCUUUAACGAUGGGGCGGAGAUCGACUGGGCCGGCGCAAUUGAGAGCUGGGGGACGACCUGA